UGAUCCAACUGCAGAAACCUACGGCAAAACCAAAACAGCUCCAAGAAUCCAAUUUGGUUUUUUUUCAAAGGUCCACUUCACAUUCAGCCGAUGACUUUUCUUAUUUCUUUUAGUUAUCACUCACUUUACCAUUUUGCACAUUUCAAGGUUCUACCUCAAUCUUGGUUUAUACCAUUUGCCCAUGGUUUUCAAAACCAUAACCAAUACUUUUCCUUCUCUUUCAGUCUUUGCUCAACAAGCCCAUAUCUCAAAACCUAUAUUUAUCACACCAAAACCCUUCAGAACCUACAAAGGUUCGACUUUCUCAUUUCUGUCAUAAACCCCAUAUUCUAAAGUUAACGUCUUUUUCAACAUUUUCGUUGCUAUUUCAUGAUGGAAGCUGCCAAUCAACUCGGAUCAAUUGCUCAACCGAGCUCCGUACCGGCUUCUGUAGCAGGUAAAACCUGCAGUGGCACUUUGGGCCGCCAUUUGGCUCGGCGAUUGGUGGAGAUCGGCGUCAGUGAUGUUUUCUCGGUCCCUGGAGACUUCAACUUGACGCUUUUGGAUCAUUUGAUAGCAGAGCCCGGGCUGAACUUGGUCGGCUGCUGCAACGAGCUGAACGCCGGAUAUGCUGCCGAUGGGUAUGCACGUGCCAGAGGCGUGGGGGCUUGUGUAGUGACUUUCACUGUUGGUGGUCUUAGUGUGCUUAACGCAAUUGCUGGUGCUUAUAGUGAGAAUUUGCCUGUGAUUUGUAUUGUGGGUGGUCCUAAUUCUAAUGAUUAUGGGACUAACAGAAUUUUGCAUCACACUAUUGGUUUGCCUGAUUUUAGUCAGGAGCUCAGGUGCUUCCAGACAGUCACCUGUUUUCAAGCAGUAGUGAACAACUUGGAUGAUGCGCAUGAGCAGAUUGACACUGCAAUUUCUACUGCUUUGAAGGAAAGCAAGCCUGCUUAUAUUAGCAUAAGUUGUAAUUUGCCUGGAAUUCCUCAUCCAACCUUCGCUAGGGAACCUGUUCCAUUCUGUCUUGCUCCUAAUGUAAGCAACCAGUUGGGAUUAGAGGCAGCUGUUGAAGCAACUGCUGCAUUUCUGAAUAAAGCUGUGAAACCUGUCAUCGUAGCAGGACCCAAAUUAAGGGUGGCAAAGGCGCAGAAGGCCUUUGUAGAGCUCGCGGAUGCCAGUGGGUACCCAGUUGCUGUUAUGCCCUCUGGUAAAGGGCUAGUGCCAGAGCAUCAUCCACACUUCAUUGGGACUUACUGGGGUGCUGUUAGCACAAGCUUUUGUGGGGAGAUAGUGGAGUCUGCUGAUGCCUAUAUUUUUAUUGGUCCUAUAUUCAAUGACUACAGCUCUGUCGGAUACUCCUUGCUGAUCAAUAAGGAAAAAGCGGUCAUAGUGCAGGCUAAUCGUGUGGCUAUUGGCAAUGGUCCUUCCUUUGGCUGGGUCUUUAUGACUGAAUUUUUAAGUGCAUUGGCCAAGAAAUUGAGGAAGAAUAGCACCGCCAUGGAAAAUUACCGACGUAUCUUUGUCCCUCCAGGUCUCCCUCUGAAGAGUGAGAAAGAUGAACCUCUUAGGGUCAAUGUACUCUUCAAGCACAUUCAGGAAAUGCUAAGCGGGGACACUGCUGUAAUUGCGGAAACUGGAGAUUCAUGGUUCAACUGUCAGAAACUCCGCCUCCCGGAGAAUUGUGGGUAUGAAUUCCAGAUGCAGUAUGGAUCUAUUGGCUGGUCAGUUGGUGCUACUCUUGGAUAUGCUCAGGCAGCCAGAACGAAGCGCGUGAUUGCUUGCAUUGGUGAUGGAAGUUUCCAGGUUACGGCUCAGGAUAUUUCAACAAUGAUUCGAUUGGGACAAAAGACUAUAAUAUUCCUCAUUAACAAUGGGGGUUAUACAAUUGAAGUAGAGAUUCACGAUGGCCCCUACAAUGUAAUAAAGAACUGGGAUUACACUGGCCUUGUCAAUGCAAUCCAUAAUGAUGAAGGCAAAUGCUGGACAGCAAAGGUCCGAACAGAGGAACAACUAAGAGAAGCAAUUGCAACAGCAACUGGAGAACAAAAGGGUUCUCUAUGUUUCAUCGAAGUUUUGGUGCACAAGGAUGAUACUAGUAAAGAGCUGCUGGAAUGGGGAUCCAGAGUUUCUGCAGCUAACAGCCGUCCUCCAAAUCCACAAUAACUUUUUGAUGCUUUAGACUAGUUCAUAAAUAAGCAGAUUGGAAAUCCAAGUCUUGGUUCCAUGUUCUAAAUCAGAAUUUGAAAUAUGAGAAAAGCUGGAAUUGCCUUGUUUUAUAUGAGACCCUUCGGGUGAUUGUAACCAUAAUAUCAUGUACAUUAAAUUUUAUGGCUUUAAGCAUGUUAGAGGAAAAGAAUUCAAUGUGAUCCAAAAUACUAUUUUGUUGUC